AUGGUCGUUCUGGUUACACCCAUAAUAAUAAUAUCCAUAUGUGGGAUUGUGCACGCAUGGUCUCCAACUGGCGGGUAUGCCCCAGGCCCAGUUUCUUGUCCGGAAGGUUCGCUGCUGCGGUCAGCAGAAUCUUUAUUAGAAGAGGAAGUUGGUUAUGUAAACGAUAGGCUAAAAAUCGCCACUACAGCACUCGUAGAUUUUGUCAAUCGUGCGGAUAGGCUGGAUUUCGAUGCUGCUGCGCUCGUGAAAGCAUCUGAAAUCCGAGUGGGAUUAGCAUUUUCUGGUGGUGGAUAUAGAGCCAUGUUGGUCGGUGCAGGGGAGUUUGCUGCUCUUGAUAGCCGAACUGAAGGUACUCUUGAAAAGGGUCAUCUAGGAGGUCUGUUGCAAGCUUCUACAUAUAUAACCGGUCUUUCAGGCGGUAGUUGGCUUAUGGCUUCAAUAUAUAUGCAAAACUUCACUACUAUUAAUUCUCUCAUAGCAGAUGAAUAUACAUGGGACUUGUCAUAUUUUGCCAUCGAUACACAGGGUGGAUUAGAAGAAACAGAGCGAAUUUUGACUGACCCGAUGUCAAAGAUGGAGUCUGGAUUCCGGAUUUCUCUAACCGAUAUAUGGGGUCGCAUCUUAUCACAGCAGAUGAUAUCAUUACCAGACCGUGGAGCCUCAUUAGAAUGGUCUGACAUGAUUAACUGGGAUUGGUUUAAGCAGCGACAGGCUCCAUAUCCAAUAUUUCUUGCAACUGAUAGAAUGCCAAUAGAGAAUUUGGCAUCACCAGAUGCAUCUAUUUUUGAAAUUACCCCGUAUGAACUUGGAUCAUUUGAUCCAGAAGUAUAUGCAUUUACUCCUUUGAAAUACCUGGGGACUGAAUUAGAGAAUGGAGUCCCGACUGGAGACUGUAUUAGUGGGUACGAUAAUGCAGGAUUUCUGUUUGGCACGUCGUCUACAGUUUUUGAUCUAGCUAUUCAUAACGGACUAGAAAGAAUAAGUGGUGACGAAACUCUGUCGGAUAUAUUAGACCCUGUUCUAAACACAGUUACUGCUGAUGUAGCUAUCUAUAAGCCCAAUCCGUUCUUGCAGUUCUCUAAUCCAGUCGGGGUGUCAUCAAUUGUGAAUUCAACCGACACUUUGUACCUCGUAGAUGGAGGCGAAAAUGGAAUAGUAGCUCCAAUGCAACCGCUGCUACAUCCCUCUAGAGAUGUGGAUGUAAUGUUUGUUUUUGACACCAACAUGGACGACACACCGCAGGGAUGGCCAAAUGGGUCGUCAUUAAUAAAUCAAUAUAGACGACAGUUCAGUGUCCAAGCUGAUCCUGCCAACCCAUACACAUUUCCAUAUGUGCCCGACUCCAAUACUUUUAUAAACGAAGGCUUGGUUAGUAGACCAACAUUCUUUGGUUGUGAUGGCCAAAAUCUGACAUCAUUAGGAGGAAAAACGCCACCCCUACUUGUAUAUAUGGCAAACCACCCUUAUUCAUACUGGAGUAAUGUUACUGUUAUGAAACUGACUUAUGGGACCGAUGAAGCUCUGGGAAUGAUUAACAACGGGUACAACAUCAUGACCCAGCUCAAUGGUACGAGGGAUCCUGAUUGGCACUCUUGUGUGUCUUGUGCCAUAGUAAAACGAGAGAUGGAGCGUAGACAUGAGCCUGUCUCUCAAUUCUGCAGAGGCUGCUUCGAGAAGUAUUGCUGGGAUGGUACUGUAAACUCGACAAAUGCAUCGCGAGCACCUGAUAUCAAUCCCUCUCUCUUGUCAACCCCUAUUUUUUAA